AUGGAUUUUUCAAGUUUACUUUCAAAUGAAAUCAAUCAAAAACGUAAGAAAGUUGUAACAAAGAAAAGACGGAAACUUACUCCAGCCGCUGCUUCCCCAACAAAAACCGAAUCAUUACCAAAAGAAAUAACCCCACAAGAAACCGAGAAGCCGCAAGUGCAGGAGGAACUUACUGAUAAACAGUUGGAUCAUAAAUUGUCUGAGUUUGGAGAAGAAGAUAGUUCAUUAUCACAGAAGGAUAAAGUUAGAAAACUAGAACUAUUACUACAACAGGAAGUGAGGAAUACCAAAUAUAAAGCAUGGUUAGAUCAAGAGGCACCACUAUAUCGUGACCCUAGCAAGCAAUUGAUGACAGUGGAGUUGAUUACAGACAUUGAACACAACACCGAUAAAGUAUACCUAAUGCUACGGGUGUAUAUUAAAGAGUUGGUUAAACAAUGGGAAGAAUGUGAUAACGAAGAUCCAGAAUUACUUCUAGAAACUAAAAAGAAUCUCAUCAAGUUGUUGUACAAACUUCGAAGCCAUAAAUUGACCCAGAGCAUGUUGAUUUCGUUGCUGACGAUCGUAUACCAUAUCCAACAGAAUGAGUUCAACAAAGCAAACGAGAGUUAUAUGAAAUUAAGUAUUGGGAAUGUUUGCUGGCCCAUUGGUGUGGUUAAUGUUGGGAUUCACGCAAGAAAUGCGUCUCUGAAGAUUACAGGAGCUAGCAAUGUAAGUAAUAUCAUGUUAAAUGAAUCAACCAGACGCUGGAUCAUCAGUAUUAAAAGACUAAUUAGUUUCAAGGAGAGAAUGCAGAAGUAA